AUGGUUCAGACUCGAAGUCAGUCGAAGCAGGCCAAGCUACCACAGGGUAAGGUGAGCAAAGUUAAGUCCUCGUCCAAGCGGAAGAAGCCAAGCCCUAAGUCGACGCCAGCGACCACCCCGCGGAAGCCGGAGCGAGCAUCUCCAUUCACUUCAUCCCUGCCAUGCACUCCUGGGGACCAUUUCCAGCCAUCACGAGUUUUACAACGUUACCGAAUACCCAGCUCGCCGCCAUCGUCACCACUCAAGACGCCGCCCGGACCAGUGUUAAACCAUCUGCUGUUCAUUGCCGAACUCAACCAAACGCGCAAACGAGACAGUGUCUUGUUAAAAGAGCAUGAUAAACGAAAGCUGACUAGUUUGCUUGCCUGGGCGGCCAUGAACGGUCUUGAUGAACCGAAUGAUACCCAAUCAUCGGCUACUGAGUAA